AUGAACGUUCGGGACCCGUUCAAUAUCCGCAACAAUACCUUCAGCCAGACUCCUGCUAUUUCCUCCUGGAAGCCGCGGCGCAACAGCAGACUUUCUGCUGCCGACAGAGCCCCUGUCUCUGCCCUGCAUCACGUCCUGCGUGCCGCUGCCACCGCGACCCAGAACGCCGCCGCUGACGUCGUCCAUUCGGCCCAGCAGGCGCUUUCUCCUGACGCUGUUGCUCAGAAGAAGCUCGCGGACGAAGAGAAAGGCACCCGAAAGCAGAAUCACCACGCUAUAACCUCAGCUGAGGAGCCAACACACCAGCACUCACAGCCCUAUACUUCCAACAUAGCCAAACAUAAAGACCAGCCAAGUCUGACCGGCGACAAUAUGUCGUUCUCCAUACCGCGCAAUAUGCCCUCUUUUUCCAGCCCCCAACGCGAGUUCGAGGACCGUUACUGGGUCGCAAAGUCCGCAUCCCGCCAACGAAACACCGCCUCUGGAGUUCUUGGAGGUGUUCAGAAUCUACUUUCCUCCCACUCAUCUUCCAGCACAUUGCCCAUGUACAAGGACAAACCGUACGCAUACCCUCCCAGCUCGGGCGGGAGAUGGCGGCCCGCGUACAGGCGGAAGAGGACAAGUUUACUGUUGCUCUUGAUCCUGGGGUUAUUGCUGUGGUGGAUGGGGAUAUUUUCUAGCCAGGAGGACGGAGGUGUGGUGUCAAUUACCAACAGAUGGAACUGGUUAGCACAAGAAGGGAGCAACGGAAAAAGAGACAAAAAGGUAGAUUGGCUGAGAAGGAGGGAGCGAGUUGUGGAGGCAAUGGAACUCAGUUGGGCUGCAUAUGAGAGAUAUGCCUGGGGCUAUGACGAGUUUCAUCCAAUCUCCAAGACGGGGAAGCAAAUGGCGCCUAAAGGCUUGGGCUGGAUUAUCAUCGACUCUCUCGACACGCUCAUGUUAAUGAACAUGACCAAGCAGCUCACUCAUGCACGCGAAUGGCUGGCCAAAUCUCACACAUGGGACCAGGACCAAGAUGUUAACGUAUUUGAGACGACAAUCCGUAUGCUCGGCGGCCUGCUGUCAGCUCACUACCUCUCGACGACGUACCCCGAAAUGGCGCCCUUGGCUGACGAUGACCCCGGAGCCCCCGGAGAGGAUCUGUACCUCGAGAAGGCCAAAGACCUAGCAGAUAGGUUGAUGGCAGGUUUUUCCUCGAAGUCGGGCAUUCCAUACGCCAGUGUUAACCUUGGAAAGAUGGAGGGGAUUCCGUCGCACGCCGACAUGGGUGCAUCGUCAACGGCUGAGACAACAACCCUCCAGCUUGAGUUCAAGUAUCUUGCCAAGCUGACAGGCGAGAAAGAGUUCUGGGACAAGGUAGAGAAGGUCAUGCAGGUGGUUGAUGACAAUGGAGCCAAGGACGGACUUGUUCCCAUCUACAUUUUCCCCACGACUGGCAAGUUCCAUACGCAAAAUAUCCGACUCGGCAGUCGCGGCGACUCGUAUUAUGAAUACUUGAUCAAGCAGUACUUGCAAACCAACAAGCAGGAGAAGGUGUACUUGGACAUGUGGCAGGAAGCAUUGCAAGGAGUUCGCAAACACCUGGUCACAUACACGCGUCCGUCCCGGUUUACGAUCAUUGGCGAAAGACCGAGUGGACUGACCGGAGACUUGUCUCCCAAGAUGGAUCACUUAGUCUGCUUCAUGCCAGGCACCAUCGCGCUGGCCGCUACGGGUGGGCUGCCACUGAAGGAAGCUAGAAAGUUGCCCACGUGGACACAACAGAAUGAGGCCGAUAUCCAGCUGGCACGCGAGCUGAUGCUGACGUGUUGGGGCAUGUACAAGUAUAUGGCAACGGGACUGGCAGCCGAGAUCACGUACUUCAACAUUGAUAACCCGCCGCUCCCAGAGUCGGCGCCGCACAACCCUCCAGAGGACCUUGAUCCGUCCCCUGAUGCUGAAUGGCGCAAGGAUUUCUCAGUCAAGCAGUACGACAGCCACAAUCUGCAGCGCCCAGAAACGGUCGAGAGCCUGUUUUACAUGUGGCGCAUCACGGGUGAUGUCAAGUACCGCGAGUGGGGCUGGGAAAUCUUCAAGAGUUUCAUAAAUUACACAGCUGUCGAAGACAGCGGUGGCUUCACCAGCCUGUCCAACGCCAACGUCAUCCCACCCACGAUGCGUGACAACAUGGAGAGCUUCUGGCUCGCCGAGACACUUAAUCCCCUUAUCUGCCAAAGCAACCUGGCCGAAUCCCCGAAACCCAACGCCUGGGCCGAGUGCCUACAGCACAUCGCCGGCAUCCAGGGUCCAAUCAAGCCCCAAGACCGUCGGCCUGAACGGAAUCUGGACUCGCGUGACUCCUUUAAUCGUUGCAUCUUCCCAAUCUACGCCGCCUCUACCUUCAUCUCGCAGCCAAUUGAUGAUGAAACGAUGCCUACAUCCAACAACGUCGAGAUGGCCAACAUGAACCAGGGCCGGGAGACAGGCACGUCUCCUGCUCCCUCAAGAAGCUCCAACAAUAAAAAGAAGAAGGACUCUUGGCCUGGCAGUACAAGCACAAGCAUUCGCCAUGAUAGUGCGACUAGCGGCGUUGUGCUAGGCACAAGCUAUCCCAUUUACGAUCCUGACAACACUAGCCAAAGCUAUCAACACUUCCGCCGUCAGUCCUACCGCCAGAGCUACCAGUUCAAGUCAGUCCAGGAGAAAGAGAGUCCUUUUCGACGAUGGCUCGACUCCUUUCGUCGGGACCCCGGCCGGAGGAUCGCUCCUCCUGACUUUGUAGCGCACGCUGCGACAGAUGAGGAAGACGAGUACUGCGAUGCCGAGGAUUCUGGGGAGAGGAGACGACGUUACUACUUCGACUUGCAUGCGGCCAAUGUAAACACGGCCAACACGCUGCUGUCGAGGGAGCUGAAGGGCAGACAUAUGCAGAUGAUCGCCAUCGGCGGAAGUAUUGGCACUGGACUCUUCGUUGCCUCGGGGAAGUCGCUCAGCACAGGCGGUCCGGCUUCACUCCUGAUCGCCUAUGGCUUCGUCGGGGUCAUGCUCUACUGUACUAUCCAGGCCUUGGGUGAACUGGCCGUCACCUUCCCGGUUGCUGGCUCAUUCUCAGCCUAUUCUACUCGUUUUCUCGACCCUGCCUGGGGGUUUGCCAUGGGAUGGAACUACGCGUUACAAUGGCUCACGGUGCUGCCCCUUGAAAUCAUCGCUGCAUCUAUUACAGUUGGCUACUGGAAUAGUGAUAUCCCUCGCUCCGUCUUCAUCACAAUAUUCCUUCUCGCAAUUCUGAUCAUCAACCUCUUCGGCGUUAAGAUCUAUGGCGAAGCCGAGUUCACAUUUGCCUUGGUCAAAAUCACAGCAGUUAUAGGUUUCAUACUUCUUGGUAUUGUCAUCAACAUCGGCGGCACGCCUACCUCCGGCUACAUUGGUGGUACUUAUUGGCGCGACCCUGGUGCCUUCCACAACGGCUUCAAAGGUUUGUGUGCCGUCUUUGUCACUGCUGCCUUCGCCUUUACCGGAACAGAGCUCGUCGGCCUGGCCGCUGCCGAGGCCGUCAACCCUCGUAAAUCUCUCCCUACGGCAAUUAAACAAGUUUUUUGGCGUAUCACUCUUUUCUAUGUCGUCUCUCUCACCUUAAUUGGCCUGCUUGUACCCUACAAUCACCCUCGCUUACUCCACUCUUCCAACCCGCUAUCCUCCGGCUCCGGCGACAACUCAUACUCCUCGGCAUCCCCUUUUGUCAUUGCCAUCGAAUCGGCGGGUAUUACAGUCCUCCCUGCGGUUAUGAACUCCGUCAUUCUCGUCGCUGUCCUUUCUGUUGGCAACUCCGCUGUCUUCGGGUCCUCCCGAACGCUGGCUGCCCUUGCCGAUCAGGGUCAGGCGCCUCGCAUUCUAGGUUAUGUCGACCGCCGCGGCCGGCCCUUAGUGGCCAUCUUCGUUGCUGGUGCCGUGGGGUUACUGGGAUAUCUGGCCGCGGGCCUGCCUCCUCGCCAGGCCGACGUGCUUGACUGGCUUCUAGCCGUCUCCGCUCUCUCUUCCAUCUUCACCUGGGGCUCAAUUUGUCUGGCCCACAUCCGUUUCCGCAAGGCAUGGGCUUAUCAUAAGAAGAAGCUAAGCGAUUUGGCAUUUGUAUCGCAAGUCGGCGUGAUCGGAUCAUGGGUCGGCCUGCUCCUGAACGUGCUGGUACUGGUCGCACAGUUCUGGAUCGCCGCAUGGCCCAUUACGAGUGAUGGGACAGUCGUGAAAAAGCCGGGACAAGCGGUUCUGAGUACGGCUGACAAGGGCAUUAUGCAAGCAGCAACGGCGGGCGUAGGGGAACAGGCGGGCAUGUCGGCGUCGGAGGUUGUUCAGAACUUCUUUUUGCAGUACUUGUGCGCGCCGAUUGUCGGGGCGUUUUAUCUUGGGUAUAAGUUGUGGUAUCGCACGAGUAUUGUCAAGAUUGAGGAUAUCGACAUCGAGACGGGAAGACGGGACUUUAAGCUGCCGAUUCUGAUCGCCCAUGAGCGAGCUGAAAGGAGGGCCUGGCCUACGUGGAAGAAGGUUUACAAGUUUCUAUGUUAA